AUGGUGCUACUACCUGAGAAAGUCUCCAGGCCAUCUGCUCCCAAGAAGGCCUCCAAGCAGCGCGCCCUGCGGCACCAGAGCCUGCCCUCCCCGGCCCUGUGCUGCGCCUGCGGCCUGUGCAUCAUGCUGGCUGGCAUCAACAUCACACUGGUGGGAGCUUUCGCCUUCGGCACCUUCAUCCCCACUGGCAACCCGCCCAUCAUCAUCGGGCCUCUUCUUCUACUGAUAGCCCUGGCCUUCUUCACGGCGUGCUGUGUGGUCAGCAGGAGGCCCCCCGCCCACAUGGCCCACACAGCUAAAGGAGCUGAGAAGUGGGGGCUGAUCCGGAUGGGGACGGUGGCGUUUGAGAUGGAGACGAGCGAGCACACGCUGCAGGACACCACAGCCGUUCAGCUCAGCCCCACCAACUCUCCCACCUCCUCUCACAAGUCCAGCUCCAGCCACGGGGGCGACGCCGCUCCGCCCGCUGGCUGCCAGGAUGGAGCCGGUGAGCUGCACAUGUCAGAGGUGGGUGUCACUAUAGAUAGCAACACCUUGACCUCUGACAGCAAGGCGAGUUCUCCCACACAGAUGCUGCCUGCUCAGAACACUUCCUCUACGUAG